UACUUCCAGUUCCGCGAAAAGUUGUUUUCUUUUCUUUAGCGGAACUGCGUAGAUGUAAUUUCCGUUCCGCGAAACUGAAAGUUGGCGCGCAGGACUUUUAAACAACCUCAAUAGCGGACAGAGAAAAUGAAUGACCGCGCUGAACCAGCAUCGUAGUUUCUUAAAAAAAUGGAGCAAUACGGUUAACUGUGACCGGGACAUUAGUGAUUCAUGUCGGUGUGGUGGAGAUGCAGAGUCGGUCGAAAUUAAAUGAAACGAGCGGUCUUCUGGGAACUGUGACGGUGGCUGCUGGGGUUAGGCUGCUCCUGACAACAGGAUAACUACCAGCUCAUUAAAGAAGCGCCCUGAAGCAGCUGCGUUCACACUCCUGGCUGCUGUUUAAACUGUCGCCAUGAAAAGGAUGAAAAUGAAGAAAGCCGAGGUUCUCCGAGGCUUACCUGGGGGGCAGAAGAACAUCUCUGCCUUCUUUUCCUCCCAGAACCUAAAGGUCUUCCCAACUUCCACAAAAGUAUCCACCACGGCUGCGGUCCAGCCCAAGACUGAGCCUCCAGUCAAAGAUGGUGAAAGCUCUCUGUUCAGAGUCCAUUCCCCAUUAAAGAGGAGUGUCCUUGGGGACCUUGAAAACCGCCUUCCCUCCUCACCAGAUCUUCUACUCUCUGUGCCUGAGACGCCAAACAGUCAAAUCAGGCAUACCUGCUCUCCCUCCUUUAAGAAGGACCUCAGCAGGAAGGAGGUGUGCCUGGCAAACCUCGGCCAGCUGUCUCCUGUCUGUCGCAGUCCCCGCUCCAAAGGGCCAAAUUUACGGAGAGUAAUGGCUAAGGAUGGAGGAAAAGCCAAGAGGGAAGAUAGAACGUCUGGCUCCAUGAAAAGGCUGUUCAGCCCUCCUGAAGAGUCACAUGAUGCCAAGAGACCAAGAACUACCAGCCCAUUGACCACAGGAGCAGUGAUUAUGAGUAGAAGCCUGAAAGAAAGAAAUUCUAUAACUGAGCCAGAGAAAACACCCUCCUUACCCACUGAACGUUUAGCAGGUUGUUAUGACAGGUCUGUGGGUCACAGUCAAGGCACUGAAUUGAUCUUAAAUGAUGGUAGAAGCGCAAUAAUAUCAGUGCAGUCUGUGUCUUCCCUCUCUUUGGGCCAAGAGAAGAAACCUCAGCAAGAACACAAUGAGCAAGAUUCUGGUUUUACUUUGAUAACGGAGCAGACAGCAGCUGAGGCCAAAACCAGCAGAAAGCUGCACACUAGUGUGGAAAAGGACACUCCUAAUGCACUUGUGCAUGAAACCAGUGCUGAAGCUAUCACACCUGCACUGCACAGAGGUUCAAAGGAGAGAGAGGUUCACCCAAACAUAAAAGAGACCACAAGAACCUCGAAGAAGGUUGGAGAUGGAGACCAAAAAACACAGGAUCAGGAGCAAAAUGGUGGAACGGCUCCUGCGUGUCCCACAGAAGAGCGACUGGAUGAGAGCUGGUUUGCAGAUCAGAUGGAGCAUAAUGAAGGUCUUAAGACCAAAAAAUCCCGUCUGGUUUUACUCCCUGAUAGCCUCAUCUCAGGUACCAGCAUCUCCAGCUCCAUCCGCUGCAUGAGGCGUGCGGUGCUGGGAGAUAUGUUCAAGAGUUUUGAUGGUGGCAGCAAGCAAAUGCUUAACGGCACCAUGGUCCAUGAAGUCUUCCAAAGAGCAGCUACAGCUAAAGAUUUUUCUUUGGAGACGCUAUCUAAGCUCGCUGAUGAGGCUUUGCACAGUCCUCGAUAUCUGGGAGAUAUGUACAGUUUGGGUGUAACUCAGGAAGAGAUGAAGCAGGAGCUGCAUGAUUAUCUCCCCUCACUGGAACACUGGGCAAAGGAAUACCUCAACUCUCAAACACCUAAAGCCAUAAGCCUUAAAAUCAGUGGCGGAGCUCCAAGUAGGUGUCAGGACUUGGGAGCUGUCGCUACUAUUACAGAGCUGGCAGACAUAGAGGAGAACGUUUGGUCUCCGAGGUUUGGGCUGAAAGGAAAAAUUGAUGUGACGGCCCGGGUUCGAAUCCAAAGACCGCGAAAUGGCUUUCACAGAAUUCCAGAAGAAAAGACCAUCCCUCUGGAGCUGAAAACUGGCAGGGAGUCAAACUCGAUAGAGCAUCGCAGUCAGGUGAUUCUGUACACUUUGAUGACCUUGGAGAGAUACAGUCCUGAGGCCGGCUUUCUACUUUACCUUAAGACUGGCAACAUGCACCCUGUAGCACCCAGCCACAUGGACCGCAGAGAGCUGCUGAAGCUAAGGAACACUUUGGUGCAUCACAUUCACAACUGUGUGGAGAAAGAGGCUGAGCGAAGCUGCCUCUCCAGGCUGCCGGACAUACUGACCAACAGACAAACCUGCCAGUACUGUCCUCAAAAGAGAAACUGUGCCUUAUAUGAGAGGGCUGUGGAUUGCAGCUCUGCAGUCACUGAAGAUGUCAUACAUGAAUUUAUACAGCAAGAGACUGGCCACCUGACAUUGCCUCAUCUUAACUAUUUUUCCCACUGGCUGCUUCUCUGUUGCUUGGAGUCUGUCACCAUGGAGACUAGAAACAGCCGAAAGCGUGUGUGGCUUCAGACGGUUGAGGAAAGUGAGAAGAGCGGGAGCUGCGCAGGGAACCUGCAGCUCAGCGGGCCAGUGAUAGCUCAGUCUGAAGGUGUUUUCCUUCAUCGUUUCCACCGCAGUCAUGUUGCUUCGCAGCAAGGUUUGACCAACAGCAGUCUCUCCAGCAGGGAUCGCAUUGUCGUUAGCGACCUGGAGGGUUGCCUUGUUGGCUUGGCAACAGGUUACCUGUGUGAGGUCAGCCAGACAGUAAUCAGCUGCACACUGGACAGGGACCUGUCGAAGUUCAGGGGUGUGACAUUUCGGCUGGAUGGGGAUGAAGGUGUGGUGGGCUUCAGCACCCACCUCACCAAUCUCUCCAAACUGAUGGAAAACUCUCAGAGCAGUGAUCGUCUGAGGGAGCUGGUCGUCGACCUUCAAGCUCCAGAGUUCAUCUCCAACCUCAGCUCUGUUUUGCCCAGUGAGGCUAAGGACACCGUGGCUGACAUCCUCAAAGGUCUCAACAAACCCCAGAAACAGGCCAUGAAGAAGGUGUUGUUAUCUAAAGACUACACACUGGUAGUCGGCAUGCCUGGCACAGGCAAAACCACAACCAUCUGCACCCUGGUUCGUAUCCUGCAUGCUUGUGGUUUUAGUGUGUUGCUGACCAGCUACACCCACUCUGCUGUUGAUAACAUCCUUCUGAAGCUUAAACGUUUCAGAGUUGGUUUUCUGCGUCUGGGUCAGGGACAGAAGGUUCAUCCAGACAUCCUGUCAUACACAGAAGAAAGUGUGAGGAAGAAAGGGGUUCACACUCUUUCAGACCUGGAACAGCUUUAUAACAAAGAACUGAUAGUGGCAACUACUUGUAUGGGCAUCAAGCAUCCUAUUUUUACUCGACGCCGCUUUGAUUUCUGCAUUGUGGAUGAGGCGUCACAGAUCAGCCAGCCUAUCUGCCUGGGACCUUUGUUCUACGCCAAGAGAUUUGUCCUUGUUGGAGACCAUCAACAGCUCCCACCAAUAGUGCAAAACCAUGAAGCCAGGUCGCUUGGGAUGGAUGAGAGUUUAUUUAAGCGACUAGAGCUGCAUAGUGAAGCAGUGGUACAACUCAACGUACAGUAUCGAAUGAACAGGCAGAUCAUGUCUCUCAGUAACUCUCUGAUGUACGAAGGCCGGCUGGAGUGUGGCUCAGAGAGGACAGCCGCAGCGCUGCUCACCCUGCCCUUUCUGCUGUCUGUCCAGUCCGAGCUGAGUUCGUACUCUGAGGCUCAUCCCCAGCAUGACCUGUCGUGGAUACAGUCUACACUGUUGCCGAGCAAUCCUGUUUGCUUCCUGGACUGCUCGAUGGUGCCUGCACUAGAAUCAGUGGAACAAGGAGGAAUAAGCAAUCACACCGAAGCUGCCCUCAUACACACUCUGCUUUCACUUCUCAUAAAAGCAGGGUGUAAGCCCAGCGAUAUUGGUGUUAUCGCCCCCUACAGGCAGCAGUUAAAGACAAUUCUGGCUCUGCUGCAGUCGCCUGCAUUCACUGGUGUGGAGGUGAACACAGUGGAUAGAUACCAAGGACGGGACAAAAGUCUGAUUAUUCUUUCUUUUGUCAGGAGCACGGCAGAGGAAGGAAACAUCAAUAGAUAG